GAAAGAUGUUGGAACAAUUGAUUAAUUGAUAGUAAACAGUAAUCCACAUCAUUUUUGUUGGACAGUUGCAUGUUAGUCUGAAAAGUAACCAAAGAAUAACUUCGCGACAUCGAAGAUACGUCAGAAAUAAAGGUUGAACUCGUGCUUUUUUUUCUCUAUUUUUAUGUGAAAUAUUUAAGAAGUUGGCUUUAAUUAUUAAUGUGUUGGAUGAAUUGCUGUUCAGCUUGAAAAUUUCGGCUAAUAUUUUGCAUUUAAUGUAUGUAAUCAGUACAUGACACCAUCAUAAUAAAAGAUGAAGCUCAUGGUAAUGGACGAUCAGCAUAAAAUAAAAUGGACUUUAUACGUUGCUCUAACAUCUCUGUUUUUAUUUAUAACUGUAUCUGAAGUAAGGCAUUUUACAUCUUUAAGAACAAUAUUCAUAUCUGAAACUCAUCUACCUUUACAAAAAUAUGUCAUUGUUUUUGAUGGUGGCAGCACUGGUACUAGAAUUCACGUAUUUUCAUUUGCGACAAGUUUAAGUGGCCAUUUGACACUUAAGAGUGAAUAUUUUGAAGAAGUUAAGCCAGGUCUCUCUGGAUAUGUUAACAAUCCUCAUGAAGCAGCCAAUAGUGUUAUUCAACUGUUAGAAAAAGCAAAAACAUUAGUUCCUCUGGAUAAAUGGUCCGAAACUCCCGUAGCACUAAAAGCAACUGCUGGUCUUCGUCUCUUACCUGAUACUGUGUCAAACUCUCUUUUAGAAGAGGUUUAUAAAGCUUUUGACAAUUCUCCAUUCCAUUCUAGUGAUGAUUGUGUGACAAUAUUGUCUGGAGAAGAUGAAGGUCUAUAUGCAUGGUACACAUUGAAUUUCCUUUUAGGUAGACUAAAUGACGCAAAUCAUUCAGUUGCAUCGCUAGAUUUAGGAGGAGGCUCAACUCAAAUCACUUUUUCGCCUGCUACACUCGACACUUUGAUCUUUAGUCCCAAAGAUUAUAUUCUUUUACCUCAAGUACAAAAUAGAACUACGACUAUAUACACUCACAGCUAUUUAGGCUUAGGACUCAUGUCAGCCAGGCAUUCUAUUUUACAGUUUUCCACAGACCGUUCAGUCCCUCUUGAAAAUAAUGGAACGGUAACAUUUUCAAGCUCUUGUAUUCAUCCUCAUGAUAAAACAGUUUGGAAACAUGACUUGAAGGAAUAUAUAGUCAUGGGUAGAAAAAGUGGAAAGUAUGGCUUUAAAAAUUGCUAUUAUAAAGCAGUUGAGUUCCUGGGAAAUGCAGUUCAUAGACCAGAAGAACUUAUGAAACGAGAAAUAUAUGUGCUUUCGUAUUAUUUUGAUCGUGCCUUUGAUUUGGGCAUUAUUGGUAAAGAGGGAGGCAUUCGAACUGUUGAUGAAUUCGUAAAUUCUUGUAAGCAUUCUUGUUCCUCUAAACAGCCUAAAGAGAUAUUUUUGUGCCUUGAUUGUACGUACAUUACUGCUCUCAUGAAACAUGGACUGGGACUGGAUGGAAAAAAAGAAUUACGAUUUGCUAAACAGAUUGAUGGCAUUGAAACAAGUUGGGGCUUAGGUGCUGCUUUUAAUAUGUUAAGGUAGAAAUGUUCUUGCAUUUAUUUACACUUUCAUCCUAAUAAAUUUACAUUAAUGGAAGUUUCAAUAAGAAAACUCUCCUUAUAGCUUCUCUCUGUGAUAUGUAUUUUCAAGAACUCAUAUUUUUAUUUAUUCAUGGAACAUUUAGUAUUAUACACGGAGUGACUUUUUUUUUUAUUAUUUAAACCUGUUAGCUGUGUCACAAUAAAUUAUUUUUUAAUCA